AUGUUUGAUGGCGGUCACUACAGCAGCGACGAUGAUGACGAUGAAGAUAAUGAGUUCCAUGUUGACGGAAAUCCCGAUGUUUCAGUGCAAGAUAUUGCGGUCGAAAAUCAUGGCAUUCGCAAUGGGGUCAGACAAUUUCUUCGAAUUCUUAGCAGGCGAGUCAGUGCCGGUAAUCGCGGAAUUAAUGUCGAUGGACGCGAUUCUGAUUCUUCUGAAGAAUCAGCCGACGAGGAUGAAGAUCCGGCAUCAGAAGCUCACGAUGGUGAACCUAACAGGAAUUUCGAUGUUCAUGAAUCGUCUAAACAUCAGUACUUGUUCAAACCUGCACAUGCUUCGGAAGAAAUUGACAUGGGAGCUACAAUGUGGCUUCAACCUGGGAAAGAACACACCGUUCCUUUCAUAAGUUGGGAUCUUGUUGUACUGCCUGGUAAGUUUAUACCCUAG